AGAUUCAAAGGCUCGGAUGGAAGCACUUCAUCUGACACUACCUCAAAUAGCUUCGUUCGUCAGGCUCAACAGUCUGGAGAUUGUUUUCCCCACUUCUUAAUAAGACAACAGGUAUUUGCACAUUUAAAAAUCUCAGAGAUUCCAUACGUCCUACCAGUUGAAGUCUCAACUCUUUGCUACGUUGUUCAGGGCAGUCCAGGCUGGGCUAGUAACUUUCCCCUCCACUCUCUUCCUUUGUCCACUCUCCCCACUCUCUCUCGCCGCCUCCAUAGUCUUGGAUUCUGUGAAUUUAUUAUUCAUUCCAGAAAUAUUUUGAGGCACUUUGAAAAUACAGGUUUAGCAUCUAUAACUGAGGUCAAAGUAGCAGCAACUUAAACAAUCCAGGAGGUCAUUUCUCUUUCAUGUCACAGUCCAAAUGGUGGCACCCCUGUCCGAGGGACUGGGAAUCUUGCUGUCUUGUUGUUCUGUUCUCCUGAAUGUGCAGCUUUCUUCUCGCCCUAAGUGACUUUGUUCCAGCGCUCAGCAGUAGCACGUGACUAUGCUGUUGGCACGUGCCAGUUCUGCGUGUGCCCCGUGGAGCAGAGUCUAGUCCCGUGGCCACCCACGUGGCAAGGGACGCUGGGAUGAUUGUCUUAGCCCAGCAGCCCAAUGUCCAUUUCUGUUGCUGUAGGAGAAGCAAAGAGAGUGGAUCUGGAGGGGACAAUUGUGAAUCUUUGUCAUCCCUGCUACGUAUCACUUGCUAUGCUAAGUGCUAGGGAUAUGGAGAUGAAUCAGGACCGAAUUUGGAGAAGAACUCAGUUUAGAAUGAGGACUUCGGAUAUAUGCCUGUUGUAUGAAUAUACCAUGAAUAUGUAUGCACAUUCUUGUACAUUCUGGAUAAACAGAAUUUGUUCUGUGUGUGAUCAUCUUUGCAUUUGCAUCUGAUGCCCCGUUGCCUGGGAUUCCCUCCCCCCCACCUCCACACACCCCGUUUUACACAGGAAGCAAUUCUACCCAUUCUGCAAAAGCCAAUCCAAGUGUCCCGAUCUGUGUGAAGCCAUUCGUGUUCCUUCCAGGGACAAUUAGGAGAUGUUUUCCUGGGUGUUCCCAUUGCACUUUAGCACUGUGCUCUCUUUCCUCUGUUGUUGUAAGUUCCUAGAAGCAUGUAUGGACUAUAUUUUAUUUAUUUCAUAGCCCCAGCACCUUAGCAUAGUGGUGAGCAAAUACAAGGUGCUCCAUAAGUGUUUGCACAAUCAAGUAAGUCAGAGCUUCUCAUCCUUUUGUGGAUUCUUGAAUGACAAGGUGGGUGGAAUCUCUAAUGAACUGGGGAAUCUCUCUUAUAUUGUGUAUAAAAAUAUCACAGCUAAUAAAAAGUGAAUUCCAAAUCCAAAUUCAGAAUCAUAGAAGAGAUAGAUCAUUUCCCCAGUCUUUUCCUCUUUUUUUCUAACAUUGACUUAAUUUUUAUUCUUUAUUUCUAUUCAUUUAUUCUAGUAAAUGUGUGGUGGUUGAGGUCAUGAAAAACUUGAACUUGAAUUGUGUGUUCUCUUCUAUUGCUUACUGUAUUUCUCACUAAGGUUUAUUUUUUUAAAAAUCUAAUUGAAGUCUUUCCUACUGAGAGUAUAUGUUGUAUGGUCCAGAAAAUUUUGAGGUUUUUUUUUUUUUUUUUUUUCCUGGUACUGACUUUAAGAGUCAAUUUGCUGUGUAAUCCAGAUAUUUUGUUUUGCUCUAGGUUUCUGUUAAUAAGUUAAUCACAAAAGUAUCUUUAUUGCCCAUCUAUUGUCUAUUGUUUUCCUUUUGGACUUUCAAAUAUACAGAGGAUUAAUUAGUAUAUGAUAAAGCCACAGAUUUUCACAGUCUGUGGAAAUUAUGUAAAAUACAGGGUGUCAUUUACACUAUUUAUAUUACUGAUAAAACAUAUAACCAUUUUGGGCCUCAGUUACUUCAUGGUACAAAUUAAAAAGAUUGAACUAAGGCAGGAAUUUUUUUCAGCUCUAAUGGCCUCUUAGACCAUUGAUAAUAAUAUAGAGUUGUUACUGAAAAUCAUAGGUUUUUAGAAAUUACUGGUAAAGUGUUAGGAAUGAGUAGGCUUUCAUUUUUCUAUGGACCUAAAGAGCAUAAUAGUGGUUGAUCUUGAUCAGUGCCUUGAAGUAAUUAGCAUACCUUCGUAAGUGACAACAGAAUAUGGAGUGACUUGGGCAUGGGGGCACAUUUGGAUCAAUAGCUCUGACUCACUAUGGAUUUUAUAUGAAUCAGUGUGUAUUCAUAGGGUUGAUAUACACAUUAAUAGUUGGAUCCUCACAUGCCUUAAUCGUUUACCUUUUUAGAUGUGACAUGUACAAAGCCUUUUUGGAACAAUGUUAGGAUCAGCUCAGUCCCUGAAAACUAUGUCUUUAGGGAAAGCUAUAAAUAAUAUUAAUAGCUUAUAAGGAGUAUUGAUUUGUAAACUCUCAGGCUUGGAAGGUAGCCUUAUUUAGUUUACUGUGUCUAAAUCCUAGGUGAUAUAUUAUCUAAUUAAUUCGAUCUGACUCUGAUCAAAUUCUCUUACUGGAGUUAUGUUAAUUUAAUAUGCUCUAACGUGGAAAAUGAAUAUUUGGCGGCGAACACCCAGAAUCCGUGCAGCCGCAGUGGUUGAGCAAGUCCGGUCCUGAGGCCACUCCAGCAAUCCUUCUUUACAAUUCAUGUGAAAUACCUACUGCAGGACCAAGCAUCUGACAAUUUAGAGGGUGUUUCUGUAGUCCUAGGAAUCCACAGUGAAUUAAAGUCUAGACUCGGUAAUUUUUCAGGGUCAGGGAGAGAGGGAGAAAUAGCAAAUCAGAUAUGCCCCAGACGUUCCAGAGGUAGCACUGAAUCAAGGAUGCUGUUGCCAGUCUGUGCAUUGUGAGGAAGGCAAUAAUAGCCGAGCAGCCGCGGAAGCAGGAACCAGCAGCGUUCUCAGAAGCAGUCACAUAAACAGCAGCAGGAAUAGGCCUCCUCUUUUGCAAAAAAGCAGGAUGCUGCAGGGUCGUGCAAUGCAAGAUGCUCCGAUGCUUCCACAUCUCCCGAGUUGAGAAUGGCUACUCUAAAAACGCUGCCAAGAAACUCUGAUGAGCUGGACAGUCACGACUCUGGGUUAGCAGUAGUUACUCCAGGCAAAUGAAUGCUACUUUCUGUAGAUUUUUGCAAAUAGGCAACCCCCCUGAAAAAGAAGAAGAGGAUCUCAAAUUACCUGGAAGAACAACAACAAUAACAACAACAAAAGACAAACAGGGAGAACAAAGUUUUGGCAUGCCUGCAGGAACCGUGGUUUUUUUAGAAGCGACCUAGGAGGCAGAAGCUAAGUGUUGAUUUGCCCAUGCUUCUUACCUGGGAGUAGAAGGUGGGACGAAAUGGACAGUGGCUGUGACAAGAAGACAAUGCACAGUGCAGCUCGGUGAAGCCACACGCUGACUGCAUCCUGCCACCUCUUCAUGCAGUGCUGCGGGCUGGUACAUCGCCGGCGAGUACGGGUGUCCUAUGGUUCGGCAGACUCCUACACCAGCCGUCCAUCCGAUUCAGAUGUAUCUCUGGAGGAGGACCGGGAGGCAGUGCGCAGAGAAGCUCAGCGGCAGGCCCAGGCACAGUUGGAGAAAGCAAAGACAAAGCCCGUUGCAUUUGCAGUUCGGACAAAUGUCAGCUACAGCGCGGCCCAUGAAGAUGACGUUCCGGUGCCAGGCAUGGCCAUCUCAUUUGAAGCAAAAGAUUUUCUGCAUGUUAAGGAAAAAUUUAACAAUGACUGGUGGAUAGGGCGACUGGUGAAAGAAGGCUGUGAAAUCGGAUUCAUUCCAAGCCCAGUCAAACUAGAAAACAUGAGGCUACAGCAUGAGCAGAGAGCCAAGCAAGGGAAAUUCUACUCCAGUAAAUCAGGAGGAAAUUCAUCAUCCAGUUUGGGUGACAUAGUACCUAGUUCCAGAAAAUCUACACCUCCAUCAUCUGCUAUAGACAUAGAUGCUACUGGCUUAGAUGCAGAAGAAAAUGAUUUGCCAGCAAACCACCGCUCCCCUAAACCCAGUGCAAACAGUGUAACGUCACCCCACUCCAAAGAGAAAAGAAUGCCCUUCUUUAAGAAGACAGAGCACACUCCUCCUUACGAUGUGGUACCUUCCAUGCGACCGGUGGUCCUAGUGGGCCCUUCGCUGAAGGGAUAUGAGGUCACAGAUAUGAUGCAAAAAGCGUUGUUUGAUUUUUUAAAACACAGAUUUGAAGGGCGGAUAUCCAUCACAAGGGUCACUGCUGAUAUCUCGCUUGCCAAACGCUCAGUAUUAAACAAUCCCAGUAAGCAUGCAAUAAUAGAAAGAUCCAACACAAGGUCAAGCUUAGCGGAAGUUCAGAGUGAAAUUGAAAGGAUUUUUGAACUUGCAAGAACACUGCAAUUGGUAGUCCUUGAUGCAGAUACUAUUAAUCAUCCAGCUCAACUUGGUAAAACCUCUUUGGCCCCUAUUAUAGUGUAUGUAAAGAUUUCUUCUCCUAAGGUUUUACAAAGGUUAAUAAAAUCUCGAGGGAAAUCUCAAGCUAAGCACCUCAAUGUCCAGAUGGUAGCAGCUGAUAAACUGGCUCAGUGUCCUCCAGAGUUGUUUGAUGUGAUCUUGGAUGAGAACCAGCUUGAGGAUGCUUGUGAGCACCUUGCCGACUAUCUGGAGGCCUACUGGAAGGCCACCCAUCCUCCCAGCAGCAAUCUCCCCAACCCUCUCCUUAGCCGUACUUUGGCCACUUCAACUCUGCCUCUUAGCCCCACCCUAGCCUCUAAUUCACAGGGUUCUCAAGGUGAGCAGAGGACUGAGCGCUCUGCUCCUAUCCGGUCUGCUUCCCAAGCUGAAGAAGAACCUUGCCUGGAACCAGUCAAGAAAGCCCAGCACCGUUCUUCCUCCUCUGCCCCCCACCACAACCAUCGCAGUGGCACAAGUCGAGGCCUCUCUAGGCAAGAGACGUUUGAUUCGGAAACCCAGGAGAGUCGAGACUCUGCCUACGUGGAGCCGAAGGAAGAUUAUUCCCACGAACAUGUGGACCACUAUGCCUCCCACCGUGACCAUAACCACAGAGAUGAGACCCACGGGAGCAGUGACCACAGACACAGGGAGCCACGGCACCGUUCCAGGGACGUGGAUCGAGAGCAGGACCACAAUGAGUGCAACAAACAACGAAGCCGUCAUAAAUCCAAGGAUCGCUACUGUGACAAGGAUGGAGAAGUGAUAUCCAAAAAACGGAAUGAGGCUGGGGAGUGGAACAGGGAUGUUUACGUCCGCCAAUGACUUUUGCCCUUUUGUGUUUUUUUGGGACGUCUUGUAUAACAGCACCCUGAGACAAAAGCUUUGGGGUCUAUAUUACAAUCAUAUGUGAUCUGUCUUGUAAUAUUUUGUAUUGCUGUUGCUUGAAUAGCAAUAGCAUGACAUAGAGUAUUAAUAUACUUUUUUUUUCUUUUGUAAGUGCUAUACAAAUUGGCCUGGUACGGCUGCAGUCCUCCAGUUCUAUACUGGACUCUUCAAAAACUGUUUUUGGGUAGCUGCCACUUGAACAAAAUCUGUUGCCAUCCAGGUGAUGCUAGUGUUUUAAGGAAUGUAGCUGAUGUAUCCAGCAAGCCAGAAUCAGCACAGAUAAAAAGUGGAAUCUCUUGUAUCUCUAGAUUUUUAAUGCGCAGGCACCUGAUUUGCAUAUUCAUUCAUUCAUGGACCACUGUUUCUUGCUUGUACCUCUGGCUGACUAAAUUUGGGGACAGAUUCAGUCUUGCCUUACACAAAGGGGAUCAUAAAGUUAGAAUCUAUUUUCUAUGUACUAGUACUGUGUACUGUAUAGACAGUUUGUAAAUGUUAUUUCUGCAAACACCUUAUUCUAUACAUAUAUAUAUAUAUAUCAGUUUGAUCACACUAUUUUAGAGUCUUAAUGCCAAGUCAGCAGAUUUGCUUUAUGAAUUACAGGGACUAGAAAUGCCCACAUUCAGGAAAUUUGUAGUAACAUUGUCUAGACACUAUCCUCAUUCUAUUAGAGAAAGUCUGUACAUACUGUAAAUAUGUGUGAUUGCUUGACUUGAAAAGGUUUGAUUUCUGAAUGUUAUGCCAUCCUUGUAAGUUUAUAAUUUUCACCAUAAAUUAUGGUAAAUAUAACCAAACUCCAGAGGUUGUUCUACUCCAUACAGUUCACACUGAUUGUGACAAACACAUUCUUAGUAGCUAGUGUCUGUUAUAGUCACUGCACUGGAGUAUAUGAGCCAGAACCCGCUGUACGCACGUGUGUGUAUCUGUAUGUAAGAGUGUGCAUGAGUGAUUGCUUGAGGUGAGCUGGAAUGCUGAAGACUAAUGAAGAAACUAGAGACUGAUAUCUAGAAUUCUACCCACCUGGCUUUGUAUUUAAUUGUGCUGUACGUUGCUUUAUAAUCCAUUGAGCAGUCAGGGAAUGUGAGGAAGCUUGCUGCCAAAGGUAACUAGGAAAGCAUUCAUCUGCUGGCUCCUUGUUUUUGCUCCUAGAGAGUGAAAAUACAGGCAACUUUUACUGUGAGUGUUUCACUGGAAAUGUAAAAUUGUUGUGUGUUCGCGUAUUUGUUUUAAAGUAACAAACGUUUACACAGCUUGUGGAAUUAUUUUGUGGGAAAAUAAAUUUUUGUAACUUCUCCCACUUCA